AUGCACGCCUCCAUCGCUGCUAGGCCGAUGGCAUCCAUCCGGGCGUCGCUGGCGGGCCGCCGCGUGACCGCGAAGCCCCUGCGUGCGACGCGCCGCGCCAUCAGCGUCUCGCGGAUCCAGGCGGCCCUGAAGGAGGGCGACGACAUGGCGAACUACUCGGACUACUUCCGGAAGCUCCAGACCGACAAGGGCGACAUGAUCUCCAUCUCGCAGUACAAGGGCAAGAAGCCCGUCGUGCUCUUCUUCUACCCCAAGGCCGAGACGCCCGGGUGCACGGCCGAGGUCUGCUCGUUCCGCGACCGGUACUCGGCCUUCCAGAAGGCCGGCGCGGAGGUGAUCGGCAUCUCCGGCGACGACCGCAACGCGCAGGCGUCCUUCAGCAGCAAGCACAGCCUGCCCUUCACGCUCGCCGUCGACCAGGGCAACUUCCUCCGCAAGGGCUUCGGCAUCCCGAACGACAUGCUCGGCCUGCUCCCGGGGCGCCAGACCUUCGUCAUCGACAAGCAGGGCAAGUGCGUGCUGUCGUUCAACAGCCAGCUGGACACGCAGGGUCACAUCGACAACGCCCUCAAGGCCGUGGAGGCGCUGGUCUGA